CGACGUUGCCGGCUAUAAGGAAGUGAGCGGCGGGCCGGAGGCGGUGUUUGUCCGGGGCGGAGCGGCGAGAAGCGCACCUGCGGUCAUGACAGCGCGAAGCGUGUCGCGGUUUUGGGAGUGGGGGAGGAAGAUCGUAUGCGUCGGGCGAAAUUACGCGGAGCACGCCAAGGAGCUGCAGAACGCGGUUCCCGCAGAGCCGGUGCUGUUCUUGAAACCCCCCUCGGCGUACGUGAAGGAGGGCUCCCCCAUACUCGUGCCCGCGUACUCCAGCAACUUGCACCACGAAGUGGAGCUGGGGGUCGUCAUCGGGAAAGGGGGCACGGCCAUCCCUCGGUCCUCCGCCAUGGACCACGUCGCGGGAUACGCUCUGUGCUUGGACAUGACGGCGCGGGACGUCCAGGAGGAGUGCAAGGCCAAGGGUCUGCCGUGGACCCGGGCCAAAGCUUUCGACACCUCUUGCCCCGUCAGUGAGUUCGUCCCCAAAGAGCGCAUCCCCGAUCCGGGAAACGUCCGGCUGUGGCUGAAGGUGAACGACCAGCUGCGGCAGGACUGCUGCACCUCCCAGAUGAUUUUCUCCAUCCCGCACCUCAUCAGCUACAUCAGCGAGAUCAUCACCUUGGAGGAAGGGGACCUCAUUCUGACGGGAACCCCUAAAGGGGUCUCCGCUGUGCGUGAGCACGACGAACUCCAAGCUGGAAUAGGCGACGUUGUCACCAUGACUUUCAAAGUGGCCAGACAACAGUAGCAGUGGAGGAAACCAAAAUAUGCACGAGACGAUUAAAAAAAACGAGUGGUAUGAGGCAAAGAGGGGCGAUUUGCUAAAAUUCAGCCGAGAGUCAAAAUGACUGAAAAGUUCUACGUUUGCAGAGUCGUCUGCAAGUGGUUAUGUGGACCAGCAGAUGGCAGCCGUUCCCCGCAUAGUCACCGGAAAGGCCCUGUCCUCAGCUUAGGCUCAGCGUGGCGUACUACACUGUACCUGUGAAUACUGCCAAGUCAUUCUCAUGUUGAUCACAUGAUUUGAAUUAACAAAAAUAAACGAACGUCUAAGGGCAACAGAUUUCUUGUCUGAAUGUGUA